AUUAAUGGCGUUAUUCAAGCUGUAAAACACGUUCAACGUUAUGCUGGUGCUCUAAGUGAUAGUGCAAUACGUUAUGCUGGUGCUCUAAGUGAUAGUGCAAUACGUUAUGCUGGUGCUCUAAGUGAUAGUGCAAUUGUAACCUUGGAACUUGCGUCCAAACCUACAGUAUUAGUAGAAAAGAAUGUGAGUGAAUCGCCUGCAGAGGAAGUCUCGGCUAAUGAAAUUACUCUACCAAGUCAAAGCCAUAAUGAAAAUGACUCUGAUUAUCAUAAACAAAAACAACGUCGAUCUAAAAGUGGAAAAGCAAUACCGAAUUAUUCUGAUCAAAUUUCUGAAGAAGAGAACAAUAUUAAAG